AUGGCCGUCCGUUGUCGAUUCGAAGCCUCAUCAGAUAUUGGCGUGUUUUCUACUUUGACAAACUCUUACUGCCUUGCAUCACUUUCAACCGGUUCUACCAAUUUCUUUUCCACAUUCGAAUCUGAAUUGAGUGAAGUGAUUCCAGUUAUUCACACUACUAUCGCUGGAACUCGUAUCAUUGGUCGUUUGACGUGUGGUAACCGACAUGGUUUAUUAGUUCCUGCAACUACAACAGAUCAGGAACUUCAACAUCUUCGAAACUCUCUUCCUGAUUCAGUGGCAAUGCAGCGGGUAGAAGAACGACUUUCAGCGCUUGGAAAUGUAAUUGCUUGUAACGAUUAUGUUGCAUUAGUACAUCCAGAUAUUGACCGUGAAACAGAAGAGAUUAUUGCAGAUGUACUCAAAGUUGAAGUUUUUAGACAAACGGUAGCUAAUAACGUUUUAGUUGGAUCUUAUUGUGCACUUUCUAAUCAAGGAGCAUUAGUACACCCAAAAACAACUAUUCAAGCACAAGACGAACUGAGUAGUUUGCUACAAGUUCCUCUGGUUGCUGGAACAGUCAAUCGGGGUUCCGACGUUAUUGGAGCUGGAAUGGUAGUUAACGAUUGGUGUGCAUUUACAGGGCAAGUAUUUAUAUCCCUCCUCUUAAAAGAUACGCCAAACUUACUUUCGUUUCUUCGAGAAUACAGACUAGACACAACGGCUACCGAAGUAUCUGUGAUUGAAGCUGCCUUUAAACUGCAAGGACAAGAUACAUCAGCCAUUGAAGGCAUGAGAGCCACUUUGAUCGAUCAGUUUGCAUAG